AUGAAAGAUAAAAAUUUUUUUGAUGCCUACAAAGAAUAUCAAAAUAUACUUUUUAAAAAAAGAAAUGCAAAUGAUACCGGCACUCCUGAAAUGACAGCAUUAAAAACAUCAAAUAUAGUUGAUGAACAGUUUUUUCAACAGGCUGGACAAGCAAUUAAUGCAAUAAAUGUUGGUUUAGAUGCGUUGUUAGAAGAAACUAAGAAUAAGGCUAUAAUACUUGGACAUGAAAUAGAAAAAGAAGAAAUAAAUUCUAUUGUAGAAAAUUUAAAAUGA